AUGUUGUUCUCUUAUCUCUCCAGGCAGCUCCACACACCCACCAACCUCCUCCUCCUCUCUCUGGCUGUCUCAGAUUCUCUCGUGGGCCCCCUUUUGUUUUUUCAAAUUGUGUCCAUAGACGGCUGCUGGUUUCUUGGUGACCUCAUGUGUACUUCGUAUACUGUUGUGGGCUUUAUUAUUACUUCUACUUCAUUAGGAACCAUGGUUCUCAUAUCAGUUGACCGAUAUGUGGCUAUUUGUGAUCCUCUACAUUAUUCCUACAAAGUCACACAAAAAAGAGUUCAAGUCUGUGUUUGUCUGUGUUGGAAAUUUUCUAUUUUCCUUAACAGUCUGCUGCUGAAGAAUAACCUGGAACAACCAAGCAGGUAUACUUCCUGCUUAGGAGAGUGUGUUGUUGUCAUUAACUACAUUGCUGGACUUGCAGAUAUUUUUUUGUCCUUUAUUGGUCCUGUCACUGUCAUCAUAGUUCUGUAUAUGAGAGUUUUUGUGGUGGCUGUGUCUCAGGCUCGUGCCAUGCGCUCUCAGAUUGCAUCUUUCCCUCUCAAGUGUUCAGUCAGUGUAACUGCUAAAAAAUCAGAAAUUAAAGCAGCCAGAACUCUUGGUGUUGUUAUUGUUGUGUUUCUAUUGUGCAUCUGCCCAUAUUAUUGUGUUGUACUCACAGGCCAGGACACCUUGUUUAAUGCCUCAUCUGCUUUCUUUGUAACAUGUCUGUUCUAUUUCAACUCCUGUCUUAACCCUGUGAUCUAUGCCUUUUUGUACCCCUGGUUUAGAAAAGCUAUCAAGCUCAUUGUUACUCUUAAGAUACUGCAGCCUGGCUCAUGUCAGACCAACAUGCUGUAGAGCAGGGGUCACCAACCUUUUUGAAACUGAAAGUGUAAACAAUAGU